GACGAAGAACCCCAACAUGCGGCUGGGCAGCCCGGGGCUGGGCGGCGAGAGCGCGAUUCUGCGGCACCCCUACUUCAAAGAUCUGGACUGGGACCGGCUGAACCAGCGUCAGAUGGAGCCACCGUUCAGGCCCCGAAUUAAAUCCAAAGAUGACGUGAGCAACUUUGAUCCAGAUUUUAUAAAAGAGGAGCCCAUUCUGACUCCCAUUGAAGAAGGAAUUCUUCCGAUGAUAAACCAAGAUGAAUUUAGAAACUUUUCAUUCACAAGCCCAGAACUGCAGCAAUAGCUACGGCUCUGGGGAAGGGCUGCUGAGAGGACUGGGGGGAAAUGGAAUGAAAUGAAGUUUACCAGAAAUUUCAUUCUCAAGGAGUAACAGUGCACUGACUUUACAUGAUACAGCAGCACCACUGUCAGCGUUACCUUAAUGUGAAAUCAAAACCUUCCUGUGUUUGUAGGAUUUAUGCAGCUCUUGGAUCAAAUAUUGACAGGGGUGGAACAAACAUGAUACUGUAAAUGGCUGAUGCAGACAGAGAAUUGAAUGCUGAGCUGGUUGGCUCAGCCUGAAUGUCACUGCUUGCAGUGUAUUCGAGGAGUCGGCGUGAGCAUGAAACAAGUGUCUUGCAGCUCUGAGCCAAACAGACUUGUUACAAUCCUGAUUGUUUGCAAGACUAUUUUGAGGAGUCCCAGCACUGUCCGGCAUUUUGGAGCCGUGAUCCAGCAUCCCAUGGCCUGACUGACCCAGAUGUUCCUACUGACUUUACCUGUUUCUGCAGUAUUUAUUUCUUUCCAAAGGACAAAUGGCUGUCUUUGCCACUGUUUGGGUUGCCAUGUGAAAUAUUUCAUUGUGCUGACUAGCAGAAGGAAAAAAACAAAUGCCCUGUGCCCCACACAGAUUCUUCCAAAUCAAAGGGAAGUCAUGUGCUCGUAGUGUUUUAC